AUGCGGGUCUCCCUCCGUCUCCAGAAGCGCCUCGCCGCUUCCGUCCUCAAGUGCGGCAAGCGCAAGAUCUGGCUCGACCCCAACGAAGUCGUCACCAUCUCGAACGCCAACUCGCGCCAGAACGUCCGCAAGCUCGUCAAGGACGGUCUGAUUGUCAAGCUCCCCCAGACUGUUCACUCGCGCAGCCGCGCUCGCGAGCACCUCCUGUCCAAGCAGAAGGGUCGCCACAUGGGCCACGGUCGCCGCAAGGGUACCCGCGAUGCCCGCAUGCCCCAGAAGAUCAUCUGGAUCCGCCGCAUGCGCGUCCUCCGCCGCCUCCUCCGCAAGUACCGCGAGGGCAAGAAGAUCGACAAGCACCUCUACCACGAGCUGUACAUGAACGCCAAGGGUAACGUCUUCAAGAACAAGCGUGUCCUCAUGGAGUUCAUCCACAAGCGCAAGGCUGAGAAGGCCCGCACCAAGAUCAUCGUCGACCAGGCUGAGGCUCGCCGUGCCCGCACCAAGGCUGCCCGCAACCGUCGCGAGGAGCGUCUUGCCAAGAUCCAGGUCGUCCCCGCUGAGGAGUCCAAGACCGAGAAGAAGGCUGAGAAGAAGACCGCCAAGCAGACCGAGAAGGCUGCCCCCGCCAAGGCUGCCCCCGUUGCCGCUGCUGCCCCCGCCGCCGCUGCUCCCGCCAAGAAGGCUGCCCCCAAGAAGAACUAA